ACACUGAGACGCGCCUAUAUAAUGUAAGUGUCAAGCAAAUAUUUUCCAUUUGUUUAAGUAAACACUAUGGAGGAGAGUGGAGUUGGGGAACCACUCCUUGACAGCAAAUAUCAUCAACAUGGCGUAAGAAGUGAAGAAAACACCCAGAAAGGAUCAAAAGAGAUAUCUUAUAAUAAUAUUAUUUCACCAUUCUCUGGCGAUGAAGAUGUGAUUAGUCCUUAUAGUGGAGUUUUUGAUCUUGUAACAGAAUUCUACAACGAAUCAAAGAAGCUAUGGUACCUUGCUGGUCCGGCCAUUUUCACCUCCUUCUGCCAGUAUGGCCUCGUAGCCACCACUCUGGUCAUCGUCGGUCAUAUCGGAACCAUUCAACUGGCUGCAGUUACUGUGGAGAAUUCUGUUAUUGCAGGAUUUCCUUAUGGUAUAUUGUUGGGCAUGUCCAAGUAA